UUUAUUUUUUGGGGGGGAGGGGGGGGGGUGCAAUAAGUAUUUAUCUUAAUGUCUCGGUGUAUAUUUGCAGUUUUAUUAUUAUUGGUGUGUGUUGAAGUGCAUCAAAAAUGUGUCAUGAUUAAAAAUAUUUAGCUUGCAAUCAUACAAGUAUAAAACGAAAAGUAAAAUAUACAAUUAAAUGUGUUAAAAUUCUUGUUAACUCCUGUUUUUUAUUCAGCCAUCUGCAGCUAGGUGGCUUCAGAGAACCUGGGAUUUUGCCGGCAUCCCAUCAUCUGACUGUAAUCUCAAAUAACAGAGUGAAUUCUCUUUCUUAUAAACUUUAUUUUGUGCUGCCAAAAAAAAAACCCAACAACUCCAGAUUGAGACAUUUUUCCAAUCAAACACAGCUAAAUCAAGCGUGUGUCGACAUCAACAGUUAGUAGACGAAGCAAUGAGUCCAUCAACAUUUAUGAUUGAUGACAAAGGGAAUCUUCGUCGUGUGUUUAAAUCUUUUUCUUCUGUUUGCUCCAGUGAGACUGAAGGCAGCCUUACCAAUUAAGUGUUCUUGAAAAUCUAAUUGAAUUAAUUGGAUUGGCAGAGUGAAGGUCUCACUGGAUUAUCAUCUGUAAUGUAAUCCACUGUAAAAGAUAAAUAAAUAAACAACUAAAAAGCAUCAUUUAUAGGCAGUUUCAAAUUUAAACAUCAAUACUUGGAAAACACACAAAAUACUUGAUUUUCUGGAGAAAAAAAGUUUGUUUGACAGUUUUUGCUCCAAAAAUAAGGGUUAAACUUUUUAUUUUCACUUCAGAAGAAAGUAAUGCUUAGAAUCUGAUGUGUCCACAUGAAGUUCUUCUUAAAUUUGACACUUUUCUUUGUCUCAGCAGUGUUUUUACAGCCUGUUCCUACUAGUCAUGCAGCAGCAGCAGCAGCAGCGUGUCUUUUAUGUCCUGCACCCUCCAGCUUCUUUUACAAUGGGAGCUCUGGACACAAAUGGGAAGCAGCUCAGCAUGCAUGCUGUAAGACAAACUCCAGAGAACUCUCCUUACAAAGAAGCACAGAGACCCUUCAGAUCAACGAUACAAGGAAAAGGGGGUGCUGCUCAUGUCCACAUCGCAUGGGGGAUUUACUUCCACAAACAACUGAAGAAAAUGCAAGAAGAAAAUAAAAGCCUUUAUCUCCAACCCUCGCCCAAGUCUCCACACAGAGAUUUACCUGACUCAACGCCAUAUAAGGAGUCACAACAUCUAUGGAGGGGACACCCUAAUGCAGGUUCUUAUCGCAGCCAAGGAACACCAUCAGAAGAGGUGGAGGACUCGGACUCUGCCGAAGAGAAACUUGAUGGGACGAUGAAAUACAUUGGAACUGAAAACACUCCAGCAACGAAAGUAAACGUGCGAUACUCACUUUACAGCAAGAAGCAGCUGCAGUGGGACAGGUCCAUCCAAGAGGGAAGAGUCAAGCCCCAAACCAAAGACAGUCAUGGCCAUCCUUCUUUAUCUGGAUACCCAAACUCCAUUUUGGUCACCACACCUUCCACGCACCCCUCCCCUAACAAUCGACUGCAGACAGGUUUCUGUGUGUUCCAUCCUAAAGGUGGUGAAAGCAUCAUUUCUUACCCUGGGACAACGUUUGAGCCCCACCAACAAACUGCACUAAACGCUGGGUGCAAUUACUUCAAUUUUGGCCAAAGAUUUGUGAAACAUAAUAUUUUUCAAGAGUUCUUUACUCCGCCUUUUUAUUUUCCUCCUGAUCCGCAGGAAACGCGUUCUCUUAAAGAAAUGGAAGGUUCCGUCUCCGUUUCAGAACCCUGGAAGAGGACAGUGCCUCCAUUCAGAACACAUCUGACUGGACUGAAGCUUCAGAACUUUUCUGACUGAAACAAUAGCUAAAUAACCCUCUGAUCCUGCUAUUUCCAGACGGGAGGAAAGUUUCAUAAAGCUUUGUUUUACAGGGCUCCCAGAUAUUACUGGUCAUUCAAAAGUCGUGUAAUUUUACUUAGUGAUUUUUUUUUUACUUUUUAUUUUAAGUUUUGCACUUUUAAAAUACAAAAAAAAGAUAAAAAAACACAAUCAAGUAAAAAAAAUGAAAUUAAAUAAAACAAAAUAAAAUACACAAAAACAAACAAACAAGCUAAAUUGAACAAGUGGAGUACAACAAAAAUUAGUUUUGAUCUUUAAGUUCUGAGGGUUGUGCAUAUUGCUUCCAUUUCCUCCAUUGGAGUUGAAGUUUUUCAGCUUUCAACCGUAAGUGAAAUGUCAUUUUUUCCAUAGAACAGAUCUCUUCCAUAAUGUCUCUCCAUUGAUCCAGUCUUAGUGGUUCACUUUUAAGCCAAUGUCUUAUUGUUUUUUUUGCAGGCCAUAAUCAUGACUGUAAAAAGAUAUUUUUCCACUGAAUUCCAAAUUUUCCAUUCCUAAUAAAUCAAAUUAAUGGUUUGUUCCCUUUAACAAAUUGUUCAUCUGGAAUAUGUACCGGUAAUGCGAGAAAUAAACACAACAGUUCAUUUUUA